CUUUGACAAUUAGCCAUUAAAGUUCAAUAAACUCGUGGUAUUUAAAUGAGCCUUCUAGAACUGGUGUAAUCAUCCCAAGUUAUCAGGAAAACUACUGAGGUUAUAACGAUGGCCAAGUCGUCCGACAAACAGCUGACUUAUCCAUCGGAGGAGGUCGAUCCAUACGAAGUUUUGUCUAAGAAGAUUGGACAUGGUGUAGAAGAUGAAUUAGAAGUUGAGAAAAAGACUUCUGUUCCAGAAGGGAAACUAUUGAGCCAUUUUGUUACGGGCAACCAGGUACAGUUAGUCUCGAAAAUAAGUGGGCGUUCUCUAAGGAUUGUGCAGGAUCGUGUAGGUAAACUCAAAGUGGACGGCCGGGGAGACCUAGGAGAAAAAGAAUGGAAUGCUGUCUGGACAGUUAUAAAUGAAAAGCACAACAUGGAGAUUCGCCUUCAUAAUAACUUUAAUUUCCUGUCUAUAAGUAACGGAGAGACUAAAAUUGUUCACGUGCCCGAAGAAAAGGAGCACGAUAGGUUGGAUACGCUGUUUCUAUUGGUUCUUGAUCCAGAGAACUUCGUAGCCCUGGAGUCAGUGAAGGAACCUGAAAAUUGUGUGGGGAUAGAGGCAAACGGUUCCUUGAGAUCGGCGGAGAAAACCUUUGUCCAUGACGAUCAUGCCAUGUUUGGUGUACAUUUGAUAAAGCCAGAUGCUAAAUGAAUUAUGAAGAUUUGGGCCUGAGAGGUGUGAAAGCUUCCCAAGUAAAGGCAACUCUAUUGAUAAGUAAACUAAUUAAUGAGAUGAACACAAUGUAUUGUUUUUCCACACUAUUAAUAACCUCACUAUUUUCAGUGUUGACUGCAGUAUAUACAUAAACAAAUAAAUGAUACAGAAAACAAUAAGUAUUCCAGAAAAUCAUGAAAAUUGUACAACGUCUAUAGAUGUCUGAAAAUUAUUUAGCUAAAUUAUUUUUAACAUGGAUAUAUAUUUGUAUUUUUUUUAUACAUAUUAAGAUUUUUUUAUACAUAUUUAGAUUUUUUUGUAAUAUAAUUAUGUAGCCUUUUUUAUAUUAAUGCAAACAAAUCUUGAUUCAUUUUUUUAAAAAUAUCAACGCCACUGAUAUUUUUUGUUGUAAGAGGCCGUCCAUAGUGCACGUUGUG